CUAACACUUCCAACCUUUUCCGUAAACGUCACUCUGGCGGGAAGUCGCGGCUACGUUUCAUGAAAAGUAGCGUUUUUUAAAAAAAGAAACAACUACAAAGAGUUUGAAGAAAGAUGGCCACCUCUUCUGUUUCAAAGGGCUGCUUUGUUUUCAAGCCCAGCGCUAAAAAGAAGAAAAAGACCCUUGAUUUGGAGAGCUAUUUCACUGAUGGCUGUGAAGAUGCACGGAGCAGUGAGUUGAGAUUCGAGCUCUGCCAGGAUCUGUGGGACCAAAUCAAAACUGAGACAGAAAUUUUACAGGAUGAGCUCAACAGAAAAGUUCUGGACAGUUUGUUGGAGUUCACCAAAAAAUGCUCCUCCAUCCGCCAUCACAGUGACUGGACCUCACAGAUGAGAGCAAGUGAAAUUCCCACAGCCGCUCUCAUCCUUGGCGUGAACGUCACAGAUCAUGACAUGACCUUCCAGAGUCUGUCUGAGCUGCUCCAGACGUCUGUCACCCCCCAUGUGGCGUCUGUGCAAGCCAAAGAGUGUGGAGCUCUUAAGCAUUUGAUGAAGAAGGUUCUGGAGAGAUUGAUGGACACGGUUGUAGCUGUAGGUGAUGAUGAUGAUGAGGUGGAGGAGGAAACGGAGCAGCACCACAGGAGUGUUCACUGCUCCUUGACGACUCUCUGCGAUUGGUAUAGUAAGAAAACAAAGAAAUCCAGCAGUGGAACUCCCGGAAAAAAGCGCAGUUCUUUGGUCGUUAACGAGCAGCAGGAGCCUCCGGUGGUGAUCGUCUUCAAAGAUUUGGAAGCUUUUAAUCCGAGAGUUCUUCAGGACUUCAUCCUUGUCUGCAGCCGUUACGUUCAGCGUCUUCCCCUGAUGUUUAUCUUCGGGAUCGCCACGGCGCCCAGCACCAUCCAGCACAUGCUGCCUCACUCUGUGUCCUCGCUGCUGUGCAUAGAGCUCUUCCAGUCCCUGUCCUGCUCUCAGCAUCUCACCACCGUCAUAGAAAAGUUGAUCCUGACACAUUCUUUUCCCUUCAAACUCAACGGGAAAGUGAUGCAGGUGCUGGUGGGCAUCUUCCUCUACCACGACUUCUCAGUCAAAAACUUCAUUAAGGGCCUGCAGCUGGCCCUGCUGGAGCACUUUUACUCGCAGCCCCUCAGCGUGCUGUGCUGUAGGAAGGAGAAGGCUCUGCUGAACCUGAAACACCUUCGCCAUGAUGACCUGGAGAGGGUCAGGCAGCUCCCGUCGUUCAGGAGGUUUGUGGAAAAGCAAGAAAUAGAAGAGCAGGAAAAGCUCAGGACGGAUGACUCUCAUUUAAAGAACGUUUGUCAAAAACUGAUGAAGGAUCUUCACAAAUACCACAAGUGCUAUUAUCCCAUUUUGAGGUGUCUCCACACUCUGACCUCAUCGUUGCCUCGAUACCCUCUCGGAAAACAGAUCAGGGAGCUGCACUUGAAUUGCUUGGAGAAGAACGUGUGGGAGGCGGAGGAGUACCAGUCAGCUGUGAAUCUUUUAAAGAUGCUGGCGAAAGACGAGCUGAUCUCUUUGCUGCAGAAAUGUGCAGAAAUCCUGCAGCCCAUCAGGUCAACUCAGCUGAAGAGUGCUUGCGUCCAACUGGAGGAACUACUGUCCAAAUUCCAGCAGCUGGAUGCACCUGCUACUGAUCAGAGUACCGCUUCAGAGGAAAACUUCACCUCUCCAGUAAAAAACCUUCCAAAGAAAACAGAUCUAUUCCAGCUGCAGAAGACGCUGCUGGAGUCUCGCAGAUCCAGGAAAAAGAGUCCGUUUGAGGCUCUACGUAACGAAGCUCUGGACUUUAUCGACACUUUAGUGAAGAGUCACCUAUCCCCCCCAGAGUCUCAGCCGCUGUAUGAAGUCUGCUACUACAGUUCUUCAGCUGCUGUCAGACGCCACCUCAAUGCUGCACCUCGCACCUCCAUUCAGGCUGCACUCAGCAGCCCCUACCACUACCUUCAGAAUGAGAGCUUAAAGUCCGACGACGGCACAGUGUCCAACUCUGCUCCGGAUAUCUGCAUCGCAUACAAGCUCCACCUGGAGUGCGGCCGACUGAUCAACCUCUACGAUUGGCUGGAGGCGUAUUCCACCGUGAUUUCUGCUGCCGAGGGGACCGAUCCAGACUCAGACGGCUUCGGGAAAGUGGACGAAGUCAAACACGCUCGUUUCAUCCGCGCCGUGGCUGAGCUGGAGUUUCUGGGCUUCAUCAAGUCCACGAAGCAGAAGACCGACCAUGUGGCUCGACUCACAUGGGGAGGCUGUUGAUCUAAUCUUCAAGGGGGGAAAAAAAACAUAAAUCUGUGGUUUUUGUGCUAAGUUGGACUCAAACGCACAGUUUUUCUGUAAAUAAAAAUCAAAUGUCCCUGAUUUUCUUAAGAGAUAUCAGUAAGGGGUGGAAAUCUAAUUAAAAAAAAAUUAGCCCUCACUUUAUGCCUAUUAAAAAAAAGAAAAUCACUAAAGUUCUUGCACUCCCUUUCAGAUUGACCAGCAAAUCCUAUAAAA